AAAUAAUUAUGUUCAAAAAAGUACUUUAGAAUUUUACAAAAAAGAAAUUAAAAAUAGACAAUUAUGGAUAAAAUCUAUAGGAUCCAUAUUCAUAUCAUAAAUCUAUAUAAAAGUUAAAAUCUAUUGACCCAAAAUAUGAGUCAAUAUUAUAAGAGCCGCAUUUCUAAAAAGUAUAUAGUUUACAUUAUCUCAGCUUGCAAAUUAUAGAAAGGAAUACUUAAUCAAUUUGAAAAAAUGGCCAGAUGAUAAUGAGGUUUUGAUUGACAUUGAUAAAUUCAAUUUUUUUGAAUAUAUUAAAUUUCUUUUUAAAAGCAAAUUUGAUGAUUUAGAGGAAAAAGAUUAAUUCCCUUACAGAGCACUUCAAAUAAUUAUAAUUUUUAUAGUGAUAGAAGGUUUAAUCAAUUUAUAGUACUAUACUUGCAAAGAUGUAUAUAAGGAAUAUUAAAAGGAAGAGAUAAAACCUCAUUAUAAUUAUAAAAAUUUAGAAAAUGAAUUAAGAUAUUCAAUAUUAUUAUUUAACAGAUCAGUCAAUUGAAUAAUCAUAUUAUAUAAAAUCC